UUCAAAGCCCGGCGGCGCGCGGGAGCCAACCAGCGCGAGUGCAGGCGGUGUCUUAACCCUGCGCUCCCUGGAGCGAGCUGGGGAGGAGGGCGCCGCGGGGAGCACCGCCGGCAGGAGCGCGCGCUCUUAGACAAACUUUACUUGUCCCGGGAGCGGCGGGGACGCGCGGGUGUCCCCCGCUUCCCAGCGCGCUGUUGCAGCCCCGAAACUUCUGCGCACAGCCCGGGCCAACCGCGCGUGAGGUGACCGACCGUUCUAUGACUACAAAGAUGGAAACGACCUUCUACGACGAUGCCCUCAACGCCUCGUUCCUCCAGUCCGAGAGCGGCGCCUACGGCUACAGUAACCCCAAGAUCCUGAAACAGAGCAUGACCUUGAACCUGGCUGACCCGGUGGGCAAUCUGAAGCCGCACCUCCGCGCCAAGAACUCGGACCUCCUAACGUCUCCGGACGUCGGGUUGCUCAAGCUUGCCUCGCCCGAGCUGGAGCGCCUGAUCAUCCAGUCCAGCAACGGGCACAUCACCACCACGCCGACACCCACUCAGUUCCUGUGCCCCAAGAACGUGACCGACGAGCAGGAGGGCUUCGCCGAGGGCUUCGUGCGCGCCCUGGCCGAACUGCACAGCCAGAACACUCUGCCCAGCGUCACGUCCGCGGCACAACCCGUCAGCGGGGCGGGCAUGGUGGCCCCCGCGGUGGCCUCGGUAGCCGGCGCUGGCGGCGGUGGCUACAGCGCCAGCCUGCACAGCGAGCCUCCGGUCUACGCCAACCUCAGCAACUUCAACCCCGCACUGAGCAGCGGCGCCGGGGCGCCCUCCUACGGCGCGGCCGGGCUGGCCUUUCCCUCGCAGCCCCAGCAGCAGCAGCAGCCGCCUCAGCCGCCGCACCACUUGCCCCAACAGAUCCCAGUGCAGCACCCGCGGCUGCAGGCCCUGAAGGAAGAGCCGCAGACGGUGCCCGAGAUGCCGGGGGAGACGCCGCCCCUGUCCCCCAUCGACAUGGAGUCCCAGGAGCGGAUCAAGGCAGAGAGGAAGCGCAUGAGGAACCGCAUCGCUGCCUCCAAGUGCCGGAAAAGGAAGCUGGAGAGGAUCGCCCGGCUGGAGGAAAAAGUGAAAACCUUGAAAGCGCAAAACUCGGAGCUGGCGUCCACGGCCAACAUGCUCAGGGAACAGGUGGCACAGCUUAAACAGAAAGUCAUGAACCACGUUAACAGUGGGUGCCAACUCAUGCUAACGCAGCAGUUGCAAACGUUUUGAGGACAGACUGUCAGGGCUGAGGGGCAACGGAGGAAAAAAUAACACAGAGACAGACUUGAGAACUUGACUGGUUGCGACAGAGAAAAAAAAAGUGUCCGAGUACCGAAGCCAAGGGUACACAAGAUGGACUGGGUUGCGUCCUGACGGCGCCCCCAGUGUGCCGGAGUGGGAAGGACGUGGCGCGCCUUGCUUUGGCGCGGAGCCAGAGAGCGGCGGCCUGUUGGCUGCCAGGCUUUGCGAACGGGCUGUGCCCGCGCGACCAGAACGAUGGACUUUUCGUUAACAUUGACCAAGAACUGCAUGGACCUAACAUUCGAUCUCAUUCAGUAUUAAAGGGGGGCGGGGGGUUAAAACUGCAAUAGAAACUGUAGAUUGCUUCCGUAGUGCUCCUUAAGAACACAAAGCAGGGAGGGCUGGGGAGGGGAGGGAGGCUUGAGCGUGCCAGGCUAGACAGCAGAUGAACUCCCCUGGCCUGCCUCCCCCAGUUGUGUAUGUACAUAUAUAUUUUUUUUAAUUUGAUGAAAGCUGAUUACUGUCAAUAAACAGCUUCCUGCCUUUGUAAGUUAUUCCAUGUUUGUUUGUUUGGGUGGCCUGCCCAGUUGUUUGUAUAUAAGAGAUUUGAAGCAUUCUGAGUUUACCAUUUGUAAUAAAGUAUAUAAUUUUUUUAUGUUUUGUUUCUGAAAAUUUCCAGAAAGGAUAUUUAAGAAAAUACAAUAAACUAUUGAAAAGUAGCCCCCAACCUCUCUGCUGCCUUAUCCAUAGAUAAUGAUAGCUAGAUGAAAUAACAGCUGAGUGUCAAAUUCUCUAGGGUGAAAGCUGUGCUCUCUUGACUGUAGGCUAGAUGCCCUGCAUGCUACCCUUGGGUCACACUCGCUCCCCCAGCAACCUGCAAGUCCAGAUUGUUGACCAGAAGAUGGUUUGGUGUUUCUUAAGGCUGGAAGAAGGGGAGUGUUGCAAGGAGAGAGGGACAGCCCACUAGGGAAGCAGACACUUCAGUUGAGAGCUGUAUCAAAUGGCAUGCACUGUGAUCGUUUAUAAUCAUAGUAGAUACUUAGCAAUAGAUACUUCUUCUCAAAGAGGAACCCAUGGAAGUUUUUACAAAAGGUGUCUCCUUCUGACUCAGAAUCUGACAGUUCCUAGAGAAAGAUGGCCUUUGCUUGUGCAUAUUUAUAACAGCAUUCUUGUUACAAUAAAUGUAUUCAAAUAAUGGUUUUAAAAA